AUGGACGACAGUCAGAAGACCUUGAGGCAAGGCACGCUGCUCAAGGAUAACUUUGAUAAGUGGACCACAGACGAAGUGGUGCAAUGGUGUGGGACUGUGCUUGGAAAGGACGAGCAGGAGCCGCUAUUCACUCGUAUCAGAGACAAUAAUAUAGACGGCAGUGUGUUGCAGGAGCUCACGCUUCAAGACUGCAAAGAGCUUACCGAUAAUGACUUGAAAGAGGCUAUCAAGCUGAAAUUGUGGCUAAACAAGCUUAUCGAUUCACAAUUAGGUGAGGAUGACGUGCCUACAGAAGACAUAGUUGUAGUAUUGAAGAAUUUGCAUACUACAGUGUCACAGAAAUUGCUGGAUUUCCAAAGUCAGUACUCCGGUUUGCGAGCAGAUGUGGUGGAAAUCAUGAAGAGAUCGAAGACUGCUGAACAUGGUAUGUCCUCGCCUCAACUAACACCAUCAACUGCUUCAUCAAAGCCUUCUGGUGCGAGAACAGACUACUUCGAUCAUGGCCAGCUGCGGCAAUCGCCUAGAGCGAAAGAAGUACGCCCCACUUUGCUAUACAAUAAAUCUACACCUAAUAGUAAUAGCAAUAGCAAUAGCAAGUAUCAUGAUCAAAUUAUACAUGCCAAUUCAUCAUUAACUAUACCCAAUAUUAAGAGUAAUCUCUCCCCAAUAGAGCCACUUAAACAAUUGAAAGCCUCGAAAGAGGAUUCCUGUGAGAAGAUACUGAAGAAUGCAAUGGUAAGGCAUAAUUUAGCUGAUCAAGAUUGGAAACAAUAUGUAUUAGUAAUAUCUUAUGGUGAUCAAGAACGUAUUCUAGACUUAGCUGAAAAACCAGUAGUGAUAUUUAAGAAUUUGAAAAGGCAAGGACUUCAUCCUUCUAUCAUGCUGAGAAGACGGGGUGAUUUUGAGGAAGUGGACAUGUCCAUGAAUGGAUUGAGCUCUGCUGAUGUUACACCUGGUGGACGAUUAUAA